AUGGCCCAAGAGGAGGCGGCGGUGGCACCGGCAACCAUGGUUCAUGUGCCGAGCAAGGACGACGCCAGCCGCAGAAGUAACCAGCAGCAGCAGCAGCCGCCGCAGCAGUACUGGGUGAACGGCGCGCUCAUCAUCGGCGCCGGGCCCGCGGGGCUGGCGGUGGCGGUGUGCCUCCGCGAGCAGGGCGUGCCGUCGGUGGUGCUGGAGCGCGCCGGCUGCAUCGCGCCGCUGUGGCAGCACCGCACGUACGCGCGCCUCAAGCUGCACCUCCCCAAGCGCUUCUGCGAGCUGCCCCUGGCGCCCUUCCCGCCGCACUUCCCGGAGUACCCUUCCAGGUGCCAGUUCCUGUCCUACCUCCACGCGUACGCUCGCCGCUUCGCCGUGGCGCCGCACUUCCGCGCCACCGUCGCCUCCGCGCGCCGCGACCGCGGGGUCUGGCGCGUUGACGCCCACGUCGCCGGCCGCGGCCACAUCCAGUACGUCUGCCAGUGGCUCGUCGUCGCCACGGGCGAGAACGCCGAGCCAUUCGUCCCCGACAUCGAGGGCCUCCGGCGCUGCAUCAGCACCGGUAGGGCCCCCGUGGCGCACGCCGCCGAGUACCGGUCCGGCGAGCCCCUGAGGGGCAAGCGCGUGCUCGUCGUCGGCUGCGGCAACUCCGGCAUGGAGGUGUGCCUGGACCUCUGCCACCACGGCGCCUCGCCGAGCAUGGUGGUGAGGGGCGCGGUGCACGUGCUCCCGCGGGAGGUGCUGGGCCGGUCCACGUUCGCGGUGUCCGCCGCCAUGGCGCGCUGGCUCCCGCUCUGGCUGGUGGACAGGGUCCUGCUGGCCGUGGCGGCGCUCGCGCUGGGCGACGUCGAGCGCUACGGCCUGCGGAGGCCGGCGCUGGGCCCACUGGAGCUCAAGAAAAAGGAGGGCAGGACGCCCGUGCUGGACAUCGGCGCGGUCGACAAGAUCAGGUCUGGCCAGAUCAAGGUGGUGCCCGAAGUGAGGAGGUUCCUGCCCGGCGGUGCGGCGGUGGGGGUGGCAGCAGAACUCGUGGACGGCUCCGUCGUCGAGGUGGACGCCGUGGUGCUGGCCACCGGCUAUCGCAGUAACGUGGCCUCGUGGCUCAAGGGUCAGGUGAACGCUGCUGAAGAGGAAUGCCGCGGGCUGUACACCGUGGGCUUCACCGGGAGAGGGCUCGCCGGGAUAGCGGAGGAGGCGAUAAGAAUAGCCGGCGUGCUGGGCAAGGCGUGGAGGCGGCAGAUGGAAAUAAACUAG